UCCGGGUCGAGCGCGGCGGCACUGCGCCGCGGAUCAGAAAACGAGCUGAUGGACCUGAUUCCCGAGAACGAACUCGACAAAAUGGAGAAGCAAAACCAGACUGCGUUGGACCAGAAGAUCAAGGAGCUCGACGAGGACGAGAAAAUCGCCGAUGGGGCGGACCCACAUCGGCCGCGCAGAUCGCGGGCGUCCUCACGAGCGGAGCUGCUGCAAAGCGCGGGCGGAUCCCGGGGAGCCGCGGCGAGGAGAUCCUCCAUCCAAGAUCUGCCUCCCGCACCACACCUUCUCGCAAACGAGGUUGGUGCGGGAGCCGCCCGAAGCGCAGAGCUGGCGGCGCAGAACAUUUCGCGGACGCCGCGAGGACCAGGUCCGACGUCAGGCGACGUGGAUGCAGACCGGGCCAACGCCGAACCCACGGUGGAGGACGUGCUCGCGCUUGUUUCCGCGGUCGAGGCGGGCGGAAAAACCGGGCCGGGUAGCUCGUCGGGUACUACGUCAUUGGAAAGUGUGUUGGUGGCGGAGAACAAGAACCCGACAGCUAACGCUGGGCCAUCAAAUAUUAACGGCAGCGAAGUAGUACCUGGAAACCCGCAGGACGGCGCGGAUGCACGGAUCACCAAUGUUGAGCGGCAGGAGACAUCACCUCUCGCGGCUCCGAGCGGUAGUGACGUCCCUCGGGAACAAGAAGAAAGUGCAGGUCGUGCUGCAGGGUCUGCAGCGGUCACCGUACAACGAACGACUCCCACGACGAUCCAGCCACUGCGCCCGAUCACCUCGGUGUCGGACCCGAAGGCCCGCGGCAUUUUCUGGUGCCAGCCGGCCCACGUGGGGGACGUCGUGGCCUGCAUAAACGAGGGUCUGCGGCGCGAACGCGAGAGAAGGAAAAACCAGGAGCUCCGUUCGGCCGGCGGUGAUGCUGCAGCUGCGGAGGGUAGUAGCGCCCCUCUAGCAACGUCCGCGCACAUUAAUCCUGCCCAGGUUGUAGUAUCAGGAACCGCCUCCGUGCUACCCACAGCUCCGACGGUGAGUGCAGCCGCAGCCGCCCGGGCGCCCCGUUACGACGAGUUGGAGCCGGUGUUCGCAGUGAAUCCGCGCGGACGGGAUCCCCCGUUCCCGAUUUUGUCGCAGCGCCGGGUGCGGGCUCUUCGUCCGGAACAAUCCGCUGCGGAAAGAACAAGCUCCUCGCGGACGAGUUUUCAAAGGUCAUGGGAAGAGGUGCAAGGAGACGUCCAUGCGGCCGGAGGCUACGCCGACGCGGUGAACGCGCGUCGGGAGCUCCGGGGGCUCGACCGCUUGACCGCAAGUCGGAUCCUGACAUCGGCGCCGCCGCCGGGCGUGACCAACAAGCGCGGGCGAGCGGAGGCGGAGGAAGAAGAGACCAGUACUCCGCUCUCGGCCCCACCAAGGCAGGAGGCCAAGCGACCGAAGAUUCUGGUCGGUGCACCACCUGCAUUGGGUUCAGCACCCGGCGGACCGCCGCGCGCCGGGGUGUCUGGUGUGUCGUCUUCUCAGCACGUUGCGCUUGUUGCGCGCAACGCCGGCCUCGGACCAGCACGUGGUACAGGUACAGUCGUGCAAAAGCAAGCGGGAUCGGGAAACGCCGCGGCUGCAAAAAUGAACGGAAUUGUAGUUCCGCACAAAUUCGCGGAUGUUGAUCUCGGUGCUCUGGGAGGCGCAGCGAUUGUUCUUUCGGGAAAAGAGACGGAGCAACUCUUCCUCCCGCUGCACCGUCUGCCAGUGCGAAAGACCGAACCGGUACCCCAGCAGAGCUUCGGCCAGCGAGGGCCAGGUGUCGCAACGGCUUCUUCAGGUGGCCAGCCGCAGGCGCAAGCUGGUCCGCCAGGUGGUGGCGCAGCCGCCGAGCAAAAGCGUCCCCCGCGACCGGCCGCGCCGACUGCGACACCGGGGACCCGGAUGCGGAUGGCCGCGGAUGCCGGAUUGACGAGCCAGGACCGUUUUUUCCCGGCGACAAGCAAUGCAGAACCGGCAGCGCCGCCUACUAACAUUAAUGCACUUGUUGUUGCGAAUGGUGGACAAGAGGUCAACAACCCGUCUGCUAGCCGUCCGCCCGCAUCCCCGAGAAUUCCAGGGCCGACUUCCGUUUCUGUUUCUAACAAUGCGCUGUUGAAGGGCGGGACGCCCGCGGCGAGCGCGCCCGUUCCUGCGCAAAAGGAGCAAGAGCAGCCUGGCACCGUGCCUGGGCCGCCGCAAGCGGCGAAGCAGACCGCGGGACCGCUGGCCCAGCACGGAGCGUUGCCUAAGUCCGAUCUUCGCAGAAAAUGAAAUGGUCGGUCGAACUUCUGCGUCGACACCUCCCAGGGUCAGUUGCAAUUUACCAAAGUAGGUGGUCGGCGGUCGUGGGAACAGCCAGGAGAACCAGGGCUUCCCGGCGACCUCUAGCCGGGCCUUCGCUCGACCCUUGGUUGGUGCACUAUUUUUGGUUCAUCGCGUCGGACAACACACGGCGAUGGUGAAAACUCCGGAGUCGUGUUUACUUGGCGGCCUUCGGUUCGCUGGUUUGAGUACUGACAGAUGCUGGUACUUACGUAGAUCAGCGGUGCGAAGCGUCUCAGCGUUCGGUUUGGAAGCGCACUUUUUUGGAUCUCCUCCGCUCCUCUGCCACGACUUUGGUCCAUAUGCGGGAACUGGGUUUUUAGAGGAGCGGCAGAAGGCCGCAUCCGGGGAUGAAAAACAUCGGAAGUCCGUGUAUUUACUAAUACGACCGCGCGCCAGGCAAGACCAAGGAUUGUUGAUUAUUGCAUUGGCACAUGGGGUGAUCGCCAUUUCUUUUUCGCGGCAGCACCUGGCAUAAACGACUCAUGUACUCUUUGGAAUGAAACUCGCAGAAGUUGAACACGAAAGACGAACAGUGUGGCUCUUGUCGAUGAC